UAUCUCAACAUGUGAUUAUAAAAAACUAUGGUAAAUUCAUAAUUUUGAAUGUUUCGUUGUUUACUUCAACUUCACGCAAUUAACAUUUUCUGUUCUUGCAUGGCUGGUUCUUGUGAAGAGCCUGGAGAGUAUGUUGUUCGCAAAGGAGAAUCUGGAGAUGGUCUUUACUUCAUUUCGGAAGGAUUGGCUAAGGUUAUUGGAUCUGAUAUCGCUGAUGAUGAAAAGGAUCAAGAUUUUCAACUUAAAAGAUAUGACUAUUUUGGAUCUAGUUUAUCUAAUGCAGUUCACCAUGCUGAUGUCGUAGCUUUGACUAAGCUAUCUUGUCUAGUGCUGCUGCAUGAGUACUUGGCGCUGUUGCAGCCAAAGUUUAUCGACAGUGCAGAAAAAUCUCUUGAGAAAUGCUCACCUAUAGAGCAUAUAUUGCACUUGGAACCAAUAGAGGUAGAUAUUUUUCAAGGAAUAACCCCUAUAGAUGCUCCAAAGUCUGAUAAUGUGUUUGGGGGACAGUUAGUUGGACAGGCACUGGCUGCAGCAUCAAAGUCUGUUGAUUGUUUAAAAAUUGUUCAUAGCUUGCAUGCGUAUUUUCUUCUUCCGGGGGAUUUUAACAUACCAAUUCAAUAUAAAGUUAAGCGUUUGCAUGAUGGAACAAACUUUUCUAUGAGGAAAGUGGAUGCCAUUCAAAAGGGAAAUGUCAUAUUCACUUUGCUGGCUUCAUUUCAGAAAGAGGAGUUAGGGUUUCAACACCAGGAAGUGUCUAUGCCAUCUGUCCCUACCCCAGAUGAGCUUGUAUCAUUGGAAGAGUUACUAGAGCAACUUCUUACUGAUCCCCGUCUUCCAAUAACUUACCGGAACGAAGUUGCUAGAGCUCAAUUCAUUCACUGGCCCGUAGAGAUAAGGUUCUGUGAACCUACACUUGAAACAAAUCAGACCAAGUCUCCUCCUAGUUUGAGAUACUGGUUUAGAGCAAAGGGAAAGUUGUCGGAUGAUCAGGCCUUGCAUAGGUGUGUGGCUGCAUUUACUUCUGAUAUAAUAUUUCUUCAAGUAAGUAUGAAUCCCCAUCGUCGGAGGGGUUUAAAGAUGAGUACCUUGAGUUUGGACCACUCCAUGUGGUUUCACAGACCUUUUAGAGCUGAUGACUGGGUGCUAUAUGUGAUCUUUAGUCCUACCGCCUUUAAUGCGCGCGGCUUUGUUACAGGCCAAAUGUUCAAUCAGAAAGGAGAGCUACUUGUUUCAUUGGUUCAAGAAGGCCUGACGAGGAAGCAUAUUCCCAAAAGACCAGCCACCAACUCUAAGUUAUGAAUUAUCACCCCCAACAAAAAUAUUAACCAACUCUUAAGUUUUCCACAUGAUGUGUGGUUUUCUUUUUAGAUCUCUUUUGAUGCAGGUCUUAAAUAAAAAAGUUUGAUAAGCAAUUCAAUCAUUGGUUAUACUAAUCUGCUUAAAAAAACCUCUUCUAUACGAAUAGAAGGAAGGAUGAUUGUUGAUAAUUCUUUAUAUGUAGUUAUAGACACUAUUCUUGGGUGUAGUCAGUAGUAGUUGUAAUAAAAAAAAUA